ACCACUAUGCCUCUGACGUUACUCCGACCAGUAGCCCUUACUCUGUACUCCAAUAAAAGUAGCCGUUAUCAGUCUCCAGUUCUUGCGCUUCCUUCUCUCUCUUCACGUUUCAACUCUGUUUCCAGAAAUACUACUCCAAAGCACGAACUGAACCGUCACGGCAUUUGCUUAUGUUUGUUUAGUGUGUGUUAUCUUCUGUCUACAUUGAGUGCUUGGUAGAAUGGGUUCUAAGAAGAAGAAGGCUGGAAGCCAUGUAAACAAAGCGGCACCCAAUUUUAGUGCACCUGUUCGUAAUCUAUCUAUGAGUGAUUUAGGAGCAGUUAUCUUUGGAUGUAAACAUUAUACAAUUCAAGAAUGCUUUUCCAAGAAGUUAUUUGGAUUGCCACAUCUACAUUCUCAAUAUGUGAAGAAGGUUAGUCCUGGGCUUCCACUUUUUCUUUUUAACUAUAGUGAUCGGAAGCUUCACGGUAUAUUUAAGGCUGCUGGUUAUGGACAAUUAAAUAUUGAUCCACAUGCGUGGACUGGUGGUAGUGUGGAGCUCACAGAAUACCCUGCACAGGUGAAAUUUUAUAUCCACAAGGGGUGCCAUGCUUUGACAGAAGACCAGUUUUCCCCCAUCAUUGCUGAUAACUACUAUGAAACGAAGCUUUUCUGGUUUGAGCUGGACAAGUUUCAAACUGCUAAACUGAUUGAAUUGUUUUCAUCUUCAUCAGUGCCUAAUGAUGGUCUUCAUUCUCGCAAUAUUCCUAGAAUUGCAAGUGAAGCUAGUACCUCUCUCGGACAGAGUAAUGCUCAUGUUCCAUUUGAACAGAAUAGAUGGAGUGCACUGUUGAGUGACGAUUCAACUUCUGAUACGGUGAACAAAGAUCGGAAUUUGAAGAUUGUGUCUUCACAUCCAAAUACCCCCUUGUCUAAGCAAUCUUAUGAGGAAUGGAAGUCACCGACUUCACAUUUAAUCAACAAAGGUGGGGAAUUACACAAGGUCUGUGCAGAGGAGUGGGCUGAAGCUAGUACCUCUCUUGGACAGAGUAAUGCUCAUGUUCCAUUUGAACAGAAAGCUUGGAGCUCACUGUUCAAAGAUAAUUCAACUUCUGACAUGGUGAACACAUUUGAAAAUUUGAAGAUUGUGACUUCACAUCCAAAUUCCCCCUUGUCUACUCAAUCUAAUGAGGAAUGGAAGUCACCGACGUCACAAUUAAUCAACAAAGGUGGGGAAUUACACAAGGUCUGUGCAGAGGAGUGGGCUGAAGCUAGUACCUCUCUCGGACAGAGUAAUGCUCAUGUUCCAUUUGAACAGAAUAGAUGGAGUGCACCGUUGAGUGAUGAUUCAACUUCCGAUAUUGUGAACAAAGAUCGAAAUUUGAAGAUUGUGUCUUCACAUCCAAAUUCCCCCUUGUCUAUGCAAUCUAAUGAGGAAUGGAAGUCACGGACUUCAUAUUUAAUCAACUACAGUGGGGAAUUACAUAAAGCCUGUGUAGAGGAAUAUGUUGAGUUGAUGCAAGUUGUUGAAACGUUGAAGGAUAGGCAAAGAAAACAAGAAGAAAGAAUUUGGACUCUUGAGAAGGAUCUGGUUCAAUCAAGAGAUGAAUAUAAAAAAUUACAAAAUUGGUGUAAUCUAUUGCAAGCUGGACCAGGGCCUUCAAGCCAGCAGUUCGAAGGAGUUGAUUGUGAACCACUAAACUGCAAUCUUAAGACGGAUGAUUAUGCACUUGUAGUGGGAGGGUUCGAUGGGUAUGCUUUGUUGCAUGAAAUGAGUUCAUACUCUCCAUUGCAUGAUCGGAUGGAAUCUCUUAGCCCAAUGACAUUUUGUCGUACAUACCAUUCUGUAGCAAAAUUGAACAGUGAGGUUUAUGUAUUGGGUGGUGUGUAUGGUGACGAGACCUAUGACACAGUUGAAUCAUAUAAUCCAAAGACAAAUCAAUGGUGUCAAAUGCCUUCACUAAAUCAGAAGAAACAAAGUCUUGCUGGAGCAUCUUUGUACGACAAAAUUUUUGCAGUUGGUGGUGGAGAUGGAGUGGAAUAUUUUUCGGAGGUGGAAAUGCUUGACUUGAACAUAGGAAAGUGGAUCCAUUCUGGAUCAAUGCUUGAAAAGCGGGUUGCAACAGCUGCGGUAGAAAUUAAGGGUGCUCUCUACGUGGUUGGUGGUAUGGAUGGACAAGAUUAUUUAAAAUCUGCUGAAAGAUUUGACCCAAGGGAGCAUACAUGGAGAAGAUUAGCGAACAUGAGAACGAAGAGGGCAUACCAUUGUUUGGUUGCAUAUAAUGAGAAAUUGUAUACUCUCGGUGGCUAUGAUGGAGAAAGGAUGGUCCCAAGUGUUGAAGUUUUUGAUCCUCGGGUUGGUUCUUGGAUGAUGGGAGAGCAGAUGAAGGACUCUAGAGGUCAUUUCGGCUCAGUUGUGAUUGGUGGAAAGAUAUAUGCCAUUGGGGGGAUAAACAACAGUGAAGAAAUUUUAGCAACGGUCGAAUGUUACGAGGAUGGAUGUGGGUGGCAGCUGACUAACCUGAGAGGUGUUGGAAAGAGAUGUGAUUUCUCUGCCAUUGUAUUGUGAGUUCUGCAGUGUCCUAACUCAUCGUAAAUUGAUAACUUGUCUGGCAAUACUAACACCUGAGAAAUGUAUGACUUGGAGAAUUAGCUCUGCUGCUCAUUUCAUCGUAAAUGGAUAACUUUUGUCUGGCAAUACUAACACCAUGAGAAAUGUAUGAUUUGGAGGACUAGCUCUGCUGCUCAUUUCAUAAAAAGUUGUAUACACCAGAGUUGGUCUGUGCAUAGAAAUUACUUUCACUUUCUUCAA